AUGGCAUUGACCAGUAAACUUGUAUACAAUUACUCUUAUCGUUCACUUACUAAAGCGGAAGAAAGUCUGCUGUCACAUGGGUGGAAAUAUGCUAUGAAUAUCAAAGAGUUGAAUUCAUUGAACGUUAAGACGGAUAUUGAGUAUAUUUAUUACCGUAUGGAGAAGUGUUCACUUAUUGAUGCUACAAAUAGAGCAAAAAUUAAAGGUACAUUGAAUGAUUUUGGAACUACGAUCAAGCAAAGAUUAAAAAGAUCUCACGUGCCUAAUCUAUCUAUUAUUGAAAUUGAAGCUAUAAAAACAUUGACAAACGAUAAAUGUUUAAUUAUAGCAAAAGUAGAUAAAGGUAACUCAAUAGUGGUCUUGAAUCGUGAAGAUUAUAUACAGAAAGGAAUGGUUAUUCUUGAUGACAGACGGUCCUUUAAAUUGCUGAACGAAAAUCCAACUGAUGAGCGAGAGAAGAAGUUUAUAAAAUUCUUAUUAAAAUUAAAAAAGAAAAAUGCUAUUGAUAAGAAUGAGUAUAAACGCAUGAGGCCUGAUGCGGGAUCUCGCACACCUGAAGCUUAUUUUCUCGUCAAAGUACAUAAGAAAAACCAGCCUGUUCGGCCUGUUAUCUCAAGUUAUGAUGCUUAUAAUUAUAAAACGGCGAAAUACAUUGCUGAUUUAUGGAGACACCAGCAAUGA